AUGCCCGAUGAUUCUCGGAAGUCCUCUCUAGAGGCUAUCGCCCAACCAGAAGGCCUCCUACGCUCCGCCUGUACAGAGUGUCAUCGGCGCAAGCAGAAAUGCAACCGUCAAUGGCCCUGUAACAACUGCCAGAAGCGAAAAGUCGCCGACCAAUGCCGUUUCAGGGAUGAUUUUAAGGCUGACUCCAGUGAUGAUGCUUGGUCCGCCUCUGUUGAGGUCAAGAGAAAGAGGGAUCAGGCGGGCCAGGAUGACGACAGUGAUUCAGAUGUUGGUGACGUUUUGGAAGCGAUCGGAUACAGUCGUCUUCAUUUGUUGACAAAGCUUGACCACGACUCAGGAAGUACAAAGCCUUCUGAACAGUACAGACUUGACCCAAAGAACAGCGCCCAAUUGCAGCGUGCUUUGGACGUGUUACCUCCGAGACACGUCGUUGAUUGCCUAGUCCAGAGCUUUCUUGAUGUGGUCAACUUCUACUACUACAUCGUAUACCCGCCCUACUUCAGCAAAGAGUACGCCCGCUGGUGGGAUGACUACACCAAAGGUCGAACUUGCGGCGUCCAGUGGACAUGCUUGCUACUCAUGGUCUGCGCUUGUUCCGUGCAGCAUGUCGAUGGCCAACUCCGGGCCAAGAUCGAAAGUGAUGUUGGUGAAUCUGUCAAGGAACUGACGCAGAAGUAUCACGAUGCUGCUCGAGAGCUUCACAGCGCCAUCCCUGUUGGCCACGGGCAUGUUUACACAGUCCAGUACCUGCUGCAUUCGUGCUAUUGGUUCAAGGCUGAGGCACGAUUUGCAGAGUGCUGGCAGGUAUUGGGCGCUGUUGUACGAGAAGCGCAGAUGAUUGAUCUUCAUAAAAAGCCCGAAGGCCAACUGCCAGGGUUCGAGCUGGAGAUGAAGAGACGACUAUGGUGUAUCGUUGACUCCUGGGACUGGCUUGUUUCAUCACUAUUGGCUCGUCCAAUGCUCAUCGACCGUGCGGAAUGCGACGUAGGCCUUCCAAGUCUUACCCUCGAAGACUACCCAGCCUCCCCCAUGCUGCACCUCAAGCUUCAGUCAGAACUUGUCAGCCUCAUAUUCAAACGCUUUGGUCCACCGAAGAUUCUGACUGAGCCUGAUGAGAUUCGAGACUACCAGGCCAUUUUGGAAGGCUUCAUGAAGGCCUUUCCGCCUGAGUAUGCUCUGGAUCACCCCAAUACACCUGCUAACCAGGAUCUGCCGUGGAUUGCCCUGCAUCGUCACUACAUGCAUACUUGCACCCUCUCCAUUGCUCUUGGCCCUUUCAGAGGCUACAUGGCCAAGUCGAUGAAGAGGUCAACGGCACCUCCUGUUGAUCUCGAGUUCCGAGAGACAGGCAUUGACUACGCCCUACGUCUCAUGGAAGCUGUACAUCGUUUCUUCGAGUACGUCUGGACCAGAGACACCACCUUCCACUUUGUGCCAUUCUGUAUCUUCGACACAGCAGCGCUCCUCUGCUCAGUCAUCAUUCACGCCGAAGAUGGCGUCGUACCACGUCGCGAGGAAGUCAUCGGCUCAAUUGCCAGGGCCUUUGCGACUCUGAAGAAGCUGCGCACCGCUACCAACACAGCCAAAGCUCCCUAUGACGUGUUACGCCGGCUGAUUAAGAAACUGCCGUCGACCGCCGGGAUGCAGGCAACUGAUGCUCAUAAGAAGCGUCGAUUCGAUCAACCACCUGGGGGCAACGGUGCUAUUCCAGUUCCUGCAGCUGCCAGACUUCCAAGCUCUCAGCUAACCCAAAUCGCACCAGCUCCGGCACAGGUGCUGGCUCAACCUGCGCAGCAUGCUCUGCCCGUUGAUCAAUACCAACCAUACAACAAUCUGCCUCCAGUGGUUCCUGGCAGAAUGCAGGCUGGUCAGCAGCCUUUAAUGCCGUUUCCUCAGGAUAUUCAUGACCAUCGGUUCCAGAACUACACGUACGCUCAGCAGUUGAACCCCACUGCACCAAAUGGGCAGCCCUGGCCUGGUGAUGUUAUCAGUAGCAUUCAGAGCUUCACUGAUGGGCAGCCCCAGUUCGAGAUGGGAUGGCAGACAAUCUCUGAGGCUGAGCUGGGUGAUCUUGCUAUGCUGUGGAAUUGGCAGAGUCUGAACUUGGGAUUCACCACUAAUCCUAUCUACCAAAGUCGGGAACAAACCUAA